CGUCACACCAGCCGGACUCCGACACCCCCCAAGCAGCCGCAGAUAAAAUCCUUGCAUCUCGCUUCCGAUCGCCGCACUUUCAGCACAUCUACAACACAUCCACAGCACAUCUACAACACAUCCACAACCCAACGUCGCAUCGCUAUCACCCAGCACCAUGGACGAAACCGAAUCCAUCCACUCCGAAACGGCAUCCGAGUUCUCCGAAACCUCCUCGGGCCUCUCUCAUCCCACGAUGCAGGUGCCUGCUCCGAUGGCCCGCUCCUACAUCCAUGCCCCGAGAUCAAAUCUCUACACUUGUCUGGCCUGUCAGGUCGCCUUCCGCUCCGCUGAUCAGCAGCGCGAGCACUACCAUAGCGACUGGCAUCGCUACAAUCUGAAGCGCAAGGUUGCCGAGCUGCCUCCAGUGGCUCUCGAAGAGUUUGCCAAGCGCCUCGAGGCCCAGCAGUCCAAGCACCAAGCCGACGUAGCCCAGGCUGCAUUCACGGCCGAAUGUGCUCCCUGCCGCAAGGAGUUCCAGACCGAGAACGCAUACCAGAACCAUCUCCAGUCCAAGAAGCACAAAGAGCUAGCGGCCAAGCAUGAGGCCAAGCGAGCCGGCCAGCCAGCCCUGGAGCAGUCGUCGACCGAAUCCAGCUCGUCGGCAGACGACAGCAUGGACACGGCCUCGACUACCAAGCGCAACUGGCGCCUGGAGCUGGCCUCGGCCACCACCGCCGAAGAGGCCGAGGCUCUCUGGGAAGAGAAGAUUGCAUCGGCGCCGCGCCUGACCGAGACUGACUGCCUCUUCUGUACCAAAAAGUCCGGCUCGCUCGAGGCCAACAUCAAGCACAUGUCUGCUGCCCACAGCUUCUUCAUCCCGGACAUUGAAUACCUGGCUGAUCUCAAGGGCCUGCUCCUGUAUCUGGGCGAAAAGAUUUCUGUCGGCAACAUCUGCCUGUACUGCAACGGUGCCGGGCGUGCCAUCCAUUCGCUCGAGGCCGUGCGCGCGCACAUGAUCGACAAGGGCCACUGCAAGGUUCUAUAUGAAGGCGAUGCCGAAAUGGAGCUGGCAGAGUUCUACGACUUUAGCUCGACAUGGGAAGAUGUCGACGAGGACGAGGACGAGGAGAUUGUCGAUGCCGAUGCGGACAAUGGCGAUGGAGAGUGGGAAGAUGCAUCAGAGGCUGGAAAUGGACCAUCGUCACGAAGCGGCCCUUCGCUCGUGAUCAUGGACGAGACCCAGAUGGUUCUUCCAUCCGGCCACCGCGUCGGCCACAGACAGUUCAACAAGAUCUGGAAGCAGACUCUGAAACCAGACGAAACUCGCGACGCCGCGAUCAUCAGCCGGCUUAUGGGCCAGUAUCGCGAGCUGGGCUGCCUGCCAACCAACUCGCCCGAGCGUCUGGUCAUCCGCGACAAGAUGAUGCAGGCCAAGACCCAGAUCAAGCAGUACCAGGACUACAAGAUGCGCACGGGCAUCAAAGCAAACAAGCUCCAGCGGCACUUCCGUCACCAGGUCGAUUACUAAACGAUCCAGGCGCCUUCACCCCAUCGCGCGGCACCUCCUUCUGGUCAGCCGUACCUACGAUGCAUUCGGCUCUUCCGGAGCACCGACAGUCUCUGCGAUCGAUUCCGCGUCUUGCGCUGUUGAUGAUGGUCCUAUUUGUGGGCCUCUGCUACAUGUGUAGUUGGCGGUAAUAUACACCAGUAUCGUUCA